AUGGUCUACUAUGGGUUUGCAUUUCUCUGUCUGGCAAUCACCGCAAAUGCAGCAGCGAGCCCCAAGUCUUUAAACUCCGAUAUUUCCAUUCUCAUUCACAAUGAUCUGCUAGAAACUGAAAGUCCACUAUCAGAUUCAGGAAUUCUGGUGCUCGACGCGAAACCAUGGCAAGAAGCCACUGAAAGCUGCCAAAAGAUUGGAGAGGUUCUUUGGGGCACUGAUUCCAGUUACAAAAAGAUCAAAAGUGACUUGGACUAUCUUGUAUACCAAGGCAAAUACCCUCGCAACCAACGUUUUUGGACUGCCUCGGACCACCGCAAACUGUCGACCAUCGAUGCAAAUGGUCGGGUGAAUAAAGCAUCUGCAAACGAGAGACUGCCUGUGCUUUGCACACAAAGUGCCCCCUUCUCCAACAGUACAUUUCAGGAUACAAGUGCUCAGUGGCAGGUGACUGUUCACUCCAAUGAGGAAUAUCUUACCGGAUUCCGGGAUCGAUUCAGUUUCCGCUUUCUGGGAAUCCGCUACGCUAAACAGCCCCGACGGUGGGACUAUUCCCGACUAUAUAAAGGGACUGGCAAAAAAGCUUCUGCUCUCGACUAUGGCUCUGACUGCACACAAGGCACAACUGGUUCAGAAGACUGCUUGUUCCUCAAUAUUUGGUCUCCCUAUCUUCCCCAAAGCCGCAAAGUCAGAAAGAGCCAUCUUAAACCUGUGAUGCUUUGGAUUCACGGUGGAGCUUUCACUGGCGGCACUGGCAGUGACCCCACGUUCGACGGUAGUAAUCUAGCCUCGAGAGGCGAUGUUGUGGUCGUUACAAUAAACUACCGCGUGGGAACACUGGGGUUUCUUGCAUUAGAUGAUGGUAAAACCAACGGUAAUUACGGAUUGGCAGACCAGACCACAGCGCUGGAGUGGGUUCGUCGAAACAUCCAGGACUUCGGCGGAGAUCCAGACAGAAUAACCAUCUUCGGCCAAUCGGCCGGUGCAGGCUCAGUGCGGGCACUACUUGCUUCUCCGCUCGCACGAGGUAAAUUUGCUGGUGCAAUCAUGCAGAGUAAUCUUGGUGGCUUGGCUUAUGGCACAACCUACUCGAAGUAUUAUACCAUCGCGCAGCAGAUGGAAGUUGUGGGGAAUGCCAUUCUCAACGAAACAAACUGCACGGAUGCUGCUUCACCCGUCGAGUGUUUGAGAAAGCUUCCCGCGUCAACGAUUGCCAAUCUUGCUGACUCGGCGCGGUAUCUGGUUGUCGAUGGCGUCUACCUCCGAAGCUCAGAGCUGGAUUUGAUAAACCCAGCAUCGACUGCCAAUGUGCCUUUGAUGAUCGGUACAAUGAGAGAUGAUGGCGCUGCCAUGAUUGGUUAUCCUGCAGUGGGACAAACGUUGAAAUCCUUCCUCAAUGAAUCAGGCUUUAGUGACUCAGUUUACCCAAGCCAACUAUUUCCUGUACCAUCAACCGUCAAUGCUACACUUGAUAUCUUCAACACAUCCUCUCGCAUAGCCACAGAUGGAAUGUUUCGAUGCAUUGACCAAGCGACUGCACACACAGCCUCAAGGACUCAUAUCUUCCCCGAUAUCUUUUACUACGAGUUUAACCGCUCAUACCAAAUGCCAGGCUGGUCACCCAAUGCCCCAGUGUGCAACGCUCCUAUCACAGAGGAGUUCCCAAAUGGUGACCCCAGCAAGGAGUACUUUAAAUGCCAUUCUGGCGAGCUGUUCUACGUGUUUGGCAGUUUCCGUCGUCAGGGUUUGCCGUUCCGGGAUGAGUUCGAUCUACCUUUCGGGCAGUAUGUACUAGAUUCUUGGGCGAGUUUUGCGAGAGUAGGUAUACCUACUCCUGAUUUGGCCUUUUUGAAGGCAAGGGGAUAUAGUAAUACAACUCGGGAGAUUGAGGCGAAUGGGUUGUGGGAGCCGUUUGGCAAAGGGAGUCAGCUUCGGUUGCUUCAGUGGCCGUCUGGGAUGAGGGAUUUGGACGAACUGGAACAAUGCCGUGCGUUGAAAUUGUCUUUAGAUUACUUCGAUCCUAAGAAUUAG